AUGGCGACGGUAAAGGAACAGGUGGGUGAGGUGCUCCUGGGGACUACCGAGGAACCCCAGUUGUCACACCUCACUCGCGCCUCCUUCAUGAAGGUUGCGAAGAAGGACGAGGCCUCUGGGGAACACUAUCUCGGUGAAGAAGAAUUCAUCGACGCGGUUGCGCCUGAGAGCGAAGACUACCACAAAAUAAAACGUUACCAAUAUGGCAUUCUCUUCCAAGUUGCCGACCGCGGCAGGAAGGGCAAGGUCACGCUGCAAGAUUGGGCCGUCUUCCAGAACUUGUUGGCGAAGCCCGACGCCGAGUACGAAGUCAUUUUCCGCUUCUUCGAUAGAAACCGGACGGGCUAUAUCAACUUUGAAGACUUCUUCGAGGUUUGGAAGGCACACAAGGGGGAGGAAAGUCUGCCUUUCAACUGGAAUGGCGAGUGGGCGACGCUUUACAUUGGGUCUAAAGAUAGGAGACAUGCUAUGACCUAUCCUCAGUUUGCUCAGAUGCUUCGAGGACUCCAGGGAGAGCGAGUGCGUCAGGCAUUCCUACAUUUCGACAAGAACAAGGACGGAUAUAUCGAGCCUGAGGACUUCCAGAGGAUCAUCAAGGAUACCGCCAGCCACAAGCUCUCCGACUAUCUCCUCGAUAACCUUGCUACUCUCUGCAACAUUUCGGCCGGAAGCAAGAUCUCUUAUGCAAACGUACGCGCUUUCCAGAACAUGAUCCAGCAGAUGGACAUGGUAGAGCUCAUCAUUCGAAACGCGACUACCAAGAGCUCCGAUGGAAAGAUCACCCGCACAGAUUUCCUCAACGAAGCGGCCAGGAUAAGCCGAUUCAACCUCUACACGCCCAUGGAGGCAGAUAUCCUCUUCCAUUUCGCUGGACUCGACGAGCCAUCGGGCAGGUUGGGCCUCAAGGACUUCGCACGAGUUCUUGAUCCAUCGUGGCACACCGCAUAUUCCAUUGGCGCUGAGGCGAUAGCAGAUGCCGGUCAAAAAGCCUUCGCCACCAGCAAGACUCUUCUUCACGACAUUCUGGAGUCCGUUCAUCAUUUUGCGCUUGGUAGUUUGGCUGGUGCUUUUGGUGCAUUCAUGGUCUAUCCCAUUGAUCUUGUGAAGACAAGAAUGCAAAACCAAAGAUCUGCUAGUGGAGUCGGUCAGCUCAUGUACAAGAACUCUCUCGAUUGCGCGAAGAAGGUGAUCAAGAACGAGGGUUUCAAGGGACUCUAUUCGGGUGUCCUUCCUCAAUUGGUUGGUGUAGCGCCGGAGAAGGCCAUCAAAUUGACGGUGAACGACUUGGUUCGAGGCAAAUUCACAGAUAAGAAUACUGGCAACAUCUGGGUGGGAUGGGAGUUGCUUGCAGGUGGUUCCGCCGGUGCCUGCCAAGUGGUUUUCACCAAUCCACUCGAGAUUGUCAAGAUUCGAUUGCAAGUUCAGGGCGAGGUUGCGAAGAACGUUGAGGGCACACCCAAGCGCUCAGCCAUGUGGAUCGUCCGCAAUCUGGGUUUGGUCGGUCUAUACAAGGGAGCCAGUGCCUGUCUGUUGCGUGACGUGCCCUUCUCAGCAAUUUACUUCCCUGCCUACAGCCACUUGAAGCGAGACUUCUUCGGCGAAAGCCCUACGAAACAGCUUGGCGUCGUACAGAUGCUUACGGCUGGUGCGAUAGCGGGUAUGCCCGCUGCAUAUUUCACGACACCGUGCGAUGUCAUCAAGACGCGAUUACAGGUGGAGGCACGGAAGGGCGAGGCAACGUAUACGGGCCUUCGACAUGCAGCGAAGACGAUCUAUCAACAAGAGGGGUUCAAGGCGUUCUUCAAAGGCGGGCCUGCCCGCAUUAUGCGAUCGUCACCCCAAUUCGGUUUCACACUGGCCGGAUAUGAGGUGCUGCAGCGGACGUUCCCCAUGCCGGGCCAUGCUGACGAGGAUGGCCCUCGCGGCCACGUCGAACCCGGGGUAGGACUCGCGGAAGCCAAGGCACCAUUGCCGUAUCUGCGCAGCCGGAACGCACUGAAGGUGAUUCUCGAUCUUGACGAGAACUUUGGUCGACCCAAGCUUCCGCCUGGGCAAGUGUUCACCGGGAUCCCAGGAUUUGGCGGAAAGUCACAACAGGCCUGA